UUUUUCACUCCACACCAUGCAGUAUAAAAGCUCUAAAGAACAUCUUUCUGAUUCCAGUCAGACGUCCCACACAAUACAAUAACACAAUCUGAAUGUGCCCUGGAGCUGGAAGUCAGAUGGAGGACCAUACACACACACUGCCAUCCCUUUCUUCAAUCUAUUCCCCCGCAAACCCCGCUAAGGCACUUUCCCUUUCUUCAUCUCUUUCUCAGCCCUCUUCAACAGUACCUGCCUCACUUCCGCUCUUUCCUUCUCCACCCCAGUCACCUCCCUUUCAUCUCCUUCAGUCUUCAGGAAGGCUUAAGUUACACUGCCUAACUCCAUCAACUCCAUCAGAUCAGGAUGACUUGACUUGCCUUAACUGGCUGCAUCAGAAAAAUCUACUGCCUCUGUCUAAAAUGCCCCUACUGCCUCAAUUUGAACCACCCCCUAUCUCAAAUCUACCCUCUUCCCCGGGUAAACCUCCAUACUCUUUCAGCAGUCUCAUCUUCAUGGCCAUCGAAGACUCGCCAGAGAAAAGGCUUCCUGUAAGAGCGAUCUAUGAGUGGAUAGUCAACAACUUCCCCUACUACAGGACAGCCCCGAGAGGCUGGAGAAAUUCAGUGCGACACAACCUUUCCUUAAGCAAGAGCUUUUGUAGGAUGCAGAGAGACAGGAGUCAUUCCAUUGGAAAGGGGUCGCUGUGGUGCAUUUGCCCAGAAUAUCGGCCAGCUCUUUUAGAAGUGCUUAAGAAAACCCAUUACUGUCACAGCACCAACAGUAAUUUGCUGAAUAAUCCUGUUUUGUUGGAGGCAGCUAAUCAUGGCCGGAAUCCUAUGUGUGACACUACGGCAAUUUCAGACUUGGACUCAAAUAGCCAAUCUCUGUCCUCAGACACACCAUGCUCAUUGCUUCCUGAGCAUGAGGAGCUAGUGGCCAUACAGUCUGUAGAACUUACAGAAGAGUCAGAGAAAGACCCACUGGCAGACAGUGGCUACAUCGAAUUCCACUAUUAUCAGUGUGAACAAUACCAGUAUCUGGUGCUGCCUGGGAACAACGACUUGGACCUGGGGACAGUUGAGAUUCUCCAGCUUGAUGCAGAGGCACAAGAAGCUGCAGGAUCGCUGCUUGACCUAGCAGGAGGAAACCACUGAUACUCUGUUAGAAAUUUAUGGAUAAGGCCAUAAGGUUUGUGUAGACAAGUACUGUACAUUUUCAGGGAUGAAAAGAGAUUAUAACAGGAGCUGUUUAUGUACAGCUUUCAUGCAGUGCAGUUUUGUACAAUAUAAGUGCAAAAACAAAAACACCUGUCAGUCCUGACAUUCAAAAGGUCUCUGUAGUAUACCCGUCUCACUGUAGUAUGCCAAUGGUCUUAAAGUAUGCUGUACAGUUGGUGUCUGAAAUUUAAGAUUUAGAAUUUAAAGCACAAACCACUGUUGAAACAAAACAAUAUUGUUUUUGAUAAAUACAUUUAUCAGACAGCACUUUGAAGACACAGUUUUUUAAUAUAUAUACUAGGUUUCAGGUUAAUUAGGUACAUCUUCACUAAACUCUUUGGUAGGUACCCCUAUCAUACAAGUCACUUUAAGUAGGUGUACAGGUACUGGAGCAGUGAAAAAAAUGAUCACCACAAGACACUUUUAGCAGCCAUACCAGCACAACUGCUGUACUAAAACAUGUCUAGAAAACAUCUGAUCCUAACAUAGUCCUUACUCAAUUAAUGAAUGCAAAUGACUGCAACUGAAAAUCUGAUUGGUUUGUGUUGAAAUGAGUUACUGUAUAACUGCACUCACACACUUAUACACUUAUGUACCUAAUAAACUAACAAAUCAGUAUGAAAUGUAUUUUCAACAGUUGAAAAUACAAAUAAGAAUUAACCUUCCAGUGGUAUAAAUGAUAGCUUAUGGUUUAUAAUGAUAUAGUGAUAUUAAAGUAAAAACUGCCAGCAAUUAAGCCUUUUGAUAGGGAUGUGCAUCCAAAGCAAUUGUUUAAUAAUGUUUUAAUAAUGUUUUGCCUUGUUGAUUUCUAACACUGUAAUAUCAACCUGUUCUAAAAUGUAAUCAUGUCAUUUUUAUUCUAUUUUGUUCUAUUAAUUUGUUUCAUCUGUUUAGUGGUGUGAUUAGCAGCUUGAACCAAAAUGGCUCCAGCUUUUGAUUAGGCUAUAUGUAAUGCACUUGGCAAUAAACC